GACGCACAGGAGGAAAACGGAAAGAAAAGCAUGAAGGAAAUCAGCUUCUGUUAGUGCUGUCUCCCACGUUUGCUGAGAAUAAGAACCCCUGGAGGGUUUUUACCCUCUGAACUUUUAACUUUCGGCAUUGACUACUGCUUCCAGCAGGACUGUCAGAUAUUGUGCCUCUUUUAAGGAACUUCUCUUCUUGCCUGAAAGUAAGCCACAUGAAUCAAUGGGGCAAUAACCUUACUCUGUGGUGAAACUCAUCCCUAAGAGUAGAGAGAAGAAUCCAAAGACUUCAUUCCGGGCUCAGCUUUGUCUACCCAGUACUUCUUCAAAAUAACCACUUGACAUGGUAGAUCUUAGGAUGAUUUUUCCGGCUGCUCAGUAUGUCACAGACCAAACAGGAGUUAAGGCUUGCUCACGCUGGAGAGUGAUAUAUAAGCAAAGAUGGGGAGCUUCCACUUUGGCGUUGCCUAGACUGAAAUGCAUUGAUGGAUGGUCAGCUAUUUGUUGCAUUAUUUUGAUGCUGGAACAAAGAUACCUUCCUAAGCAUGUUUUUAGGACAGGGAUGGGGUGUUUCCUGCCUCGCAACGUGUGAGCCACUGCAGAAGCUCGAGGAACACUUCUGCGCAGCAGUGGGUUCCCAUCCUUUGCAAACCAUGGUGAGUUGAGGAGCUGGAUCUCAAAGCCCAUUGAUGAGCUGGCUCCAGACCUUGUGAGCAUUUCCAGCGAUUCCCAGAGCUUGGGUGACAAAGGCGUCAUGCCAACAAAGAGGAGGUAAGCUUGUCUUGGUUAACAUUCCUCUCUGCAUGCAAAAAUUCAUUUACAAGCUAUUUCUUAGGGAAUCAGUUAGACCUGAUAGUUACCAUGGGCCUGGGUUUGAAUGUAAAGCCUGCUAGCCAUUCCUGAGUAUCUCUGUGCCUGUCUGCACUAAAUGCAGGGUGUGUACAAUGGACAAAUCUAUAUUUAGACAAGCCCUACUAGCAGCUUAGCAAAGACUUAAAAUAAACUUCUUCCAUUGUGGAAUCUUUCUUUAUGUCCCUCUGCUAGCUGAGUUGUACAGUACAACUUGGCAGUACCAAAUUAAAAUAUAUAGGCUUUUUUGAACACUUCUCUACAAACAUGUUGAAAUAAAUUGUAAACUACUUUAGAAUGUGCUAUGUAACAGAUUGGAUGCCUCAGCAUAACUACAAAAAUGCUACAAAACGUGGAAUCUCAGUCUCAGUAUGUGAAGAUCCAAGAUGAGGCAAAGGCUAGUACUGGAAAUAAGGCGCUCUCUUAACUGGCAGAACUACAUUAUGCAGAAAAAAAUGGACAACAUUUGCACCGAAAUCCCUGAGAUUGCACUGAAGAUGAAUUUGAGGCGCUCUCGGUUUCAUACUGCUACUAGUAGCCUCUCCCUUUCAUUGACAUAAGAUAAAUGCCUUUCCUCGGUAUUAUAAGGUACUUGAAUAAGUGAGGGAAAAGGUAACUCUGAACUUCUGUUGCAUUAACUUAAUACUCUAGCAAGAUGAAAAGUGUAAAAGUGUAUGCCUGUAGUCUACAGAGAGUCGCAGGAAGGCAUUGUGCUGCUCCUUGCCCUGAAAAAUGUGUGCCAUUAAACUUUGGUAUUCUGUAUUGGCCAGAAAUAAAUGAAUUUUCAGCAGGGAAUAAAUAAGCACUGUUUAUGAGGGGCCGUCUCCAGUAUUCAUGCUGUACCUUGUGACAUCCUCAACAAAAAUACUUGCCUUUUGGUAUGCUGAGAUUGUCAUCUUUUUGCUCAGGAGGGGAAGUCAUCUACUUGACCUGUUCUUACACAGACCAUGCACCAGAGUAGCACUGAAGAUUUCUGGAGCGUCCGACUGACGCAGUGUUGUUGUACAGUCCGAGCCCCACCAGGACCUUAGCAGGCACAUCAUGUGGUUGGUGACCGCCUGCUCAUUUUGUGUGCUUGACAGGCACAUGUUGGAGAGAGGUUUGUGUAACAAAUGGGUGGUUACUUCUGUAUAAGACCUUCCUUAAUGCAUUUUUGCCACCUCAUCACACCUGCCACCUCUCUGGUUAUGGUAGCAAUCCGUCAAGGGUUUGUAGCAUGGGACUAGAGGGGACGUUCUGGUAUUUCAUUGUAUUUCACGCUGCUUUUCAGCAGUACUAAGGGUUCAGUUCUGCCUUAUUUUCUGUUAACCACAAUUUUAAUUUCAGCAGUGGAUGAUCCUGUUUCCUCAUGAAGAGAUGAGCCAUUUAAAACAGGGGUAUUUCAUCCUCUUAUUAAAGUCUUUUUCUGUGAAAGUGAAUUGAUUGUCUAUUCUAUUUAUAUAUUUUGAUUUUUUUUUUAAAUAUACUGGUAUUUUCACUGGCAUUUAGUUCUGUAUGUAACCAUACUUGUAUGAGAUUUGCUCCUAUAGGAGAUAGAUGGCUUUGAUCUUUGCCUUUCUUCUAGAAGGAAUCCUAUUCGAAUCUGUAAAGACAACUGAAUCUUUUCCCUAAAACAGUGAGUGCAUUUUCAGCUAUCCUAAUAUAACAUGCAUUGUCUUAACUGGUUUUUAGUUCUACUGCGAGGGACACUUAACAAGGUCAGUGACACAUGGAAAGACAAGGCUGAACCACAGAAAAUCUGCAUCUCAGUGAAAGCAGCACUUUUGUUCUUUACUGGGAUUGAUCUUGGCGAAUUUCUGGCAAACCUAUAGGUCAUGAGAGACCAAAGCCAUGAUAAAGAAGGUAGUACUUCACUGAGAGUGGAUUCUCUGGGAAAACAGAACUGAUAUAUUUCUUUGCUUGGAGAUUUUCAUUCAAUUUUAAUUUCGUUCUACGCUCUUAGCGAAUGUGGUUCAUGCUGUCGGCACUUAUUUGUCACUUCAUGUGCAAUAUUGUAUUUUAGUUGAACUGUAUUUGAUUUGUAAAAUAGCCUUAAGUUAUUAUGAUUUUUUCCUUUAAUGUCCUAAUACAUAAAACAUCAUUAUUUAAUGAACCCAAAUAGCUCCUUCAACAGUUUAGAGAAAGACAAUAUAUGCUGCAGAUUCAUAAGAUUCCCUUAUUAAAAACAUGAUAGUUCCCUAGUUUGUUAACAAAAAGUCUUCUACCACGUAAGUUUACUUUUCGAAUAUUUAAGAGACAAUCCUUGUGACUACAUUAGUUGAUUGCAUUGCUUAGCAAGAAUGUUAAAAUGAGCAGCAAGAUUUUUUUUUUAUUAUUUAUUUUUUUAGAUAGCUUUUAACUCUAAUCUUUAUAUGUACUAAUUACCUGUAUGGAUAGUAUAAGAACAAAAAGCUCUUGCAGUAAUAUAAGAGAAACAAAAGCUAUUAUAAAUUGUAUUUUUCAAACUGAAUGGCUACUACGUUUUGUUGUAAGUUUUGCUAAAGGUUUGCACAUGACCUUUACUUUGCACAUACUUAUAUUUUUGAAGACAUACAGGAAACUGAUUUAUAAAACAGUGUUCAGAUCAACAUUUUGUAUUUUGAGAUUAAGUUUGCCGGAUGGUGGUUAACUGGUGACACAAUUCACCUGCACAUCUAGUUGAGGUCUCAUCUAUGUCAUGGAGCCUCUUUGGGGUGCUGUAGUUUGUAGAUGCUGCGUUUUGCAUUGGAGCAACAGUCAGACAGAGUGGGGCAGAGAGAGGUUGUCCUGCUGGUAUCUCUGUUGUUCUCCAAACACCAUCAGCUAAGUCUCCUGUUGACUGAGCCAUGAUGACCUGUGGGGGAGCUGCAGUGUGGUGUUGGCAGCUCCGAGGGAGAUCUGAAUUCUUGCAGCUUAAGCUGGUUUAUUCCCUUUUACACAAAUCUGAGAGAAGAUAUAAUGGCCCUGGUUAAUGCGGUCAAACAGCACUUGACAAGUCCCACUUUUUCUCUGUUUCACAGGAAGGGUUAAAUUAUAACUGAAAUAUUGCUUUUUAAGGCUGUUGAAGACUGCUGACUCUGUCCUUUAGACUCUGCAAGUGCACAAAUACCGAAUACAUCUGCUUAAACUAAACUCUAGCCAAACUAUCAGUUGCUUUCCUCACAUUUUUCCCCCAAUCAUUAAUGAACAUUUUCCACAAGAAAGUUAACAAAACAUCUAAGACGACAAUGAACUUUGAACAUCCUAGCUUGGACCUUUCAUUCCAGAGUCUCUCUUCCUGCGCAGAUUGUAUAAAGAAGGUACAAAUUUGCAAAGGGAUGCAUCCCAAUCUGGACCACAGGUUACGAGACAGGAGGUGAUCAAAUAUUUAGAAUUGUUUUAUAUUUUGAGAUUUUUCUGCAUUGCAGAUGACGUGCUUUCUGUAAAUACUGAUGUUUAACCACAGUGAUCAUUCCUUCUCAGGUAGUUCUGGGGUGUUCAGCACACCAGCUGCAUUCGCUGCCAUAAAAGGACCCCUUCCAGGAUGGCUAGAUGUACACGUCCCCUCUGUGCUCUCGUGAGCUUGUGCUGCUCCACCAUCUGUCUCGCAGGGAACGUUUCUAGAUCAUCCGUACACUGAUAUAGCUGCAAGUGACCUAGAAUUACGCAUCCUGCAACUGCGCCACACCAAAAAUAAGAUAGGAUUGCCACGUGAAGCUUCGCUUGUAGGGAGCUGAAGGAUUCUAAGCCGUCUUCUGACCUGCGUGUACAUCUACAUUCAUCUUGCAAGAUGGUAUUUCGGAAACCACCAGAUGGUGGCUGGGGCUGGGUGAUCGUUGUUGUUUCCUUCUUUACUCAGUUCCUGUGUUAUGGAUCACCGCUGGCGGUGGGAGUCUUGUAUUUAGAAUGGCUGGAUGCUUUUGGAGAAGGGAAAGGCAAGACUGCUUGGGUUGGAUCACUAGCAAAUGGAAUCGGAUUGCUUGCCAGUCCUGUCUGCAGUAUAUGCGUAUCAUCUUUUGGAGCACGACCAGUAGCAAUCUUCAGUGGCUUUAUGGUGGCUGGAGGCCUCAUGAUGAGUAGUUUUGCACCUAAUAUAUACUUUCUGUAUCUUUCAUAUGGGAUCGUUGUUGGGCUUGGAUGCGGCCUUUUAUAUACCGCAACAGUUACCAUCACUUGCCACUAUUUUGACAAACGCAGAGGCCUUGCGCUUGGUCUGAUUUCAACAGGCUCAAGUGUUGGGCUCUUUAUAUAUGCAGCAUUGCAAAGAGAGCUUAUUGAUCUAUACGGACUGGAUGGCUGUCUGCUUAUAGUUGGCGCACUAUCUUUAAAUAUAUUAGCGUGUGGCAGUCUGAUGAGACCACUGGAGUCAUCUGAUUCCCCUUCACCAGAGAAAGUAUGCGUAGAUAAGGUCCCAGAUCAAUAUUUUGUUUACCAUGAAAAAGAAAAGACUGUUGAAGAAAAUAUAAGCAUCCUUGAAAAGGGCUACAUUGAUGAAAAGUGUGCAAACAAUAUACCUGAUUACAAACAGGAUAGCAUUUUAAAUAAGAAUGUGUUGACCUCAAUAAAUGUAAAUGAGAAAGACACUUACAAAAAGAAAGUUGUAGAACAGACAAACUUCUGCAAGCAACUGGCCAAAAGGAAGUGGCAGCUCUAUCUGAACUACUGGAAGGAUACCGUGGUUCUUUUUAAGAACAAAGUAUUUUCAGCUCUCUUUGUUGCCAUCUUGCUCUUUGACAUCGGUGGAUUUCCUCCUUCACUGCUUAUGGAAGAUGUAGCAAGAAGCGCGAACAUUAGUGAAGAAGACUAUCAUAUGCCCCUUAUUUCCAUUAUAGGCAUCAUGACUGCUGUUGGCAAACUUAUUUUAGGAAUACUGGCAGAUUUUAAGUGGGUCAAUACUUUAUACCUAUAUGUAUCUACCUUAAUAAUGACUGGAGUGGCCUUGUUUGCAAUUCCAUUUGCCAAAAGUUACCUUACAUUAGCAAUGCUUUCUGGGAUUUUGGGUUUUCUGACUGGAAACUGGUCAAUUUUUCCAUAUGUAACAACAAAGACUGUAGGAAUUGAGAAACUGACACAUGCAUACGGGAUAUUAAUGUUCUUUGCUGGACUUGGAAAUAGCCUUGGACCACCAAUUGUAGGUUGGUUUUACGACUGGACACAGGAAUAUGACACUGCAUUCUAUUUCAGUGGCUUUUGUGUUUUACUUGGUGGAUUUCUUUUGCUGUUGGCAGCAUUACCCUGCUGGAAUGCCUGUACCAAUCAGAGCUCAAAGCUGCCUCCAAACACUUACUCCUACAAAGUUGCAUCUAGUGCUUAGAUGACAACCGGAAAACACUUCAUACUUUUUUAUAUUAUGUAACAAAAUAUUUUAGUAAUUUUCCACUUAUUUAUGAAGUCCAAAAAUCCUCUUCCACUAGAACAAUUCCAUUGUUGCUUGAUGUUCCAUUUCCCUUUUUUUUUUUUUUUUUUUUAAAGAACAGUCUUAUUUUGUCUACUCUGCACUGUGUUUUCAGCCUUUGUCUACUGUAGUUUCCUUUCACCCUUUAAUGGGUGUAUUCUGCUGUAUUAUCAGCUGUAUAUUUUUUAGGGGGAGGGAGGGGGACAAGACUUUGAAACAAAAGUAAAGGCCUGGUCCUUAUAGGAGAAGGAUGACAUUAUUGUCACCUUUCAUAGGUCUCUAAGUUGCACAAUCAUACUUUACAAAGCAACAAUUUGCCUUAUUAGAAUGUAAUACUGUGAUGAGGUGCUUAUAAUAUCAUGCUUAGGUUAACUUUUUUCUUUUUUUAAAGUUUCUCCAAUUUAAAAUGAAGUGCCAAUGGACGGGGGGGAAGAAGAGGGGGAACAAAACCAACCUUAUGUGACAUAACUGAAGUGAACUUUAUGAUGAAAGUAAAGAUUCUUACUACCACUGAAACGAAGAGAUUUGUUUAUAAGUAUUGCACAUUUUGUGAAGUCUGUUUAUAAAACUGUUGAACCAAAAAUCUUUUAAGCCAAGGAAUAAACAUGAUUGUUGAAACCA